UGCUGAGUGCAGAGACGAUGGGGAAGCUUGUGUUUAAAUGACUUUUUAAAUGAAUUUUACCUCAGGUGAUGAGACGGGAGAACUCAUUUCCUGUUGUAAAUAGAACAAUGGACUUCGGAGCCAGAAUCAUGCUGCUGAUCCUGCUAGUGUAUGUUACAGUUUCAGUGUCAGGGAUCCAGAACCUGAAAGUGUCAUGCAGUCAUGAGAAGAUCUGUGCUCUGAGGGACUCGUCUGUAAACCUGACGUGCUCUUACUCAAAUAUCAUCACCACCACUGGAUUCUGGUUCAGCUUCAAGGACAAGGCUAAAUGGAGGGAGGAGGAACAUCCAGAGGAUUUAGCUUUAGACUCCGACUACGCCGGACGUGUGAAUUACACAGAGGUGACAAACUCAAGAUCGACUCUUACAAUAACAGACCUGAGAGAGAGAGACACGGGGGAAUAUCGCUUCAUGCUCAUUACGGAUAAAGGAGAGAAAUACGUGAGCUCAGCUGGAGUUACUCUGACAGUUACAGACCUGCAGGUGAUCCGUGACUACAAAAAUAAAGCUCUAAUCUGCCACACUUCCUGUAAUCUAACCUUUGCUGCUAAUGUAUACUACUGGUACAAGGAUGGACAAUACAUACAGGAUAACAAAGACACCCAGGGAACUUUCCCUUUAAGCAAUGAUGAAGAAGUCAGUUACUCCUGCUCUGUUCACGGCUAUAACGAGAUUCGAGCUCCUUCUCUGUGUGUUGGAAGGAACUGUUUGAACGUGACCUACCCAGACAAGAGAGUCUGUGUUUUGGAAGGGUCUUCAGUGGAAAUUGCUGGAAAUUACAUGCUUUCCAGUGGACAGAGUGUUAAAGAAAUAUUCUGGCAUUCUUCUAAGGACUUCAAGGACCUGAAGCAUGAGUUUACUAAUCGAGUUGAAUAUGUGAAGCAAGACAGAAACUGCGCUCUGAAAAUGAACCAGCUGAGAAAGAAAGACUCUGGAGAAUAUCGGCUUAGAGUAGUUUAUACAUCUAACCGAUUAUCUGGUAGACCUGGAGUGGUUCUUAAUGUUACAGAUCUGCAGGUAAGACUGAGUCACUAUGCAGGGUCAUCAGAAGAACGGACGACAGUAACGCUGAGCUGCAUCACGUCCUGCACUCUGUCCAACAGCCCCACUUACCUGUGGUACAAGAACGGACAGCCUGUUACUGAUAAACUCACCAAACACAACAAACUCUACCUGAUCUCCAGCGAAGAUGCAGGGAACUACUCCUGUGCUGUGAAAGGACAUGAGGAUCUCCGCUCUCCUGAACAAACUGUUACACAGGUUGACCUUUGCCCAGGAUUUAAUAAAAUAAACCAAAUCCCCAUCAUAGCGGGAACAGCAGUUGUUCUGGUUUUACUAAUCAUCGUGGGAGCUCUGUGGAUGUGGAGGAGAAAGUCCAAAUCAGGGCAAAGUCACAGCUCCACUGAAGACCCGGAUCUCCAGAGUGGACAGGUAUGUGUCACACAUCAGGAUGAUGUUCACUACUCCAGCAUUCUCUUCUCCUCCCGCACUCAGGGCUCGUCUCUGACCACUGGUGGCACAAAGGAAUACGAGCGUGUCCAGUACGCUGAGGUGAAAUACAAAAGACCCGCUGCUGCCACCUAGUGGGAAUUCUGAGUAAAUGCAAGCUGUUUGUAAAUAAUUACUUUCCUAUGCUGUCUGGCUACACUCUCUCCCACUACCACUUUACAGUCACUAAUCUCUUUCAGAUUAACUCUUCUACAUAGGAUGUAGUCUACCUGUGUGCUCCUACCUCCACUCUUGUAAGUCACUCUAUGCUCCUCCCUCUUCUGAAAAUAAGUGUUAACCACAGCCAUGUCCAUCCUCUUAGCAAAGUCCACUACCAUCUGUCCUUCAAGGUUCCUUUCCUUAACUCCAAACUUGCCCAUCACCUCCUCAUCACCUGUGUUCCUCUCACCAACAUGUCCAUUAAAAUCUGCUCCUAUCACCACUCUCUCACCCGUGGGAAUAGUCUCUAUCACCUCAUCUAAUUCACUCCAGAAUCUCUCUUUCUCCCCUAACUCACAACCUACAUAAGGCAUAAGGGGCAUAAGGACUAACAUCAUUCAACAUCACCCCUCCAACCUCCAACUUCAGACUCAUCACCCUGUCUGACACUCUCAUCACCUCCAGAACAUUCCUCACAAACUCCUCCUUCAGGACCACACCUACCCCAUUUCUCUUACUAUCCACACCAUAAUAAAACAGCUUGAAUCCUGCUCCUAUACUACGAGCCUUGCUACCCUUCCACCGGGUCUCCUGUACACACAGUAUAUCCACCUUCCUUCUCUCCAUCAUAUCAGCCAGCUCUCUACCUUUCCCUGUCAUAGUACCAACAUUCAGAGUUCCUAUUCCCAGUCCUACACUCUUACCUUCCCUCUUCUCUCUCUGUCUACGCACUCUCCUUCCUCCUCUAUUUCUUCGACCAAUAAUAGCCCAAUUUCCACCAGCACCCUGUAGGUCAACGGCACUGGCAGUUGUUGUUAACCCGGGCCUCGACCGAUCCGGUAUGAAAUUCAGAGUACUGAUGAUUCGCAUGGUUAAAUUUGUCAAUGUUUUACACCCUUCCUGAUGCAACCCUUAUUAUUUAUCCUGGCUUGAGACCGGCACAGGAGUCACUGUACUGUGACCCCCAUGGCUAGAUCAUUUAUACUGUCUAUAUAUACUGUAUAUAUGUACAUAUUAUGUAAUAAUUAUUCUAUUUUAUAUUUUCUUUUUGCUAGGAAAUAUUGUUAUCAACGCUUUGUACUGUUUUCUGUCUGUAAUGUACAGUUUGGUUUCUAGACCUGUAAUAAAUGCUAU